AGCAGCAAUAGAUAUACGAUAUAUAAAUUUAUGAUAUCUCUUUAUAUGUAUCAUACAAUACGCAUGUAUAUAGAUAUUUAUGUAUAUUGAUACUCAUAUGAACUCUAAACUACCUUUUCUUACUACUGGGUUUAAAUUAGUGUAACAGUAGAAUCAUUCGAUUUUUUACCAGCGUACAAACAUAAGCAUUGCACUUGUUAUCUUAUUUUGCAUUUCCUUAUCACUAACCUUCUGCCUAUUAUAUUUAUUGUUGUGGAAAUUAUCUCAGCUAACUGUGUACAAAUAUUUUAAGCGACCGGUUUGGGUACAAUUGAAUUCGUUCACCUAAGCUCACUUCACUUCUACUUUGGCUUGGAAAUAAAGAAAACGCUUUGCAUUUAUAUUUAAGACACAUCGGUGUUUCAUUUAUAUUUAGAACUUUCUCGGCCUAAAUUUUUCGCUGAAAGGAUUAAGAAACUACUUAAUCCUCAAACAUUUGAUGACCCCGACGUGAUAUCGAUAUUUUCGCAUUUUAAUAUUUCGUGAUCGUUUGCCAAGUAGAAGUAAUCUCGGUUCGCAUAUUUGUAUGUACACAGCUUUCGACAUACAUUUUCGUUGCCAUCGAGUGCAUCCAUAGGUUCAGUUAUUAGCGCGCAUAUUAUAUCGCGGAUAUUUCUCUACCGAAACCAAAAAUACUCGAUUUGUUUGCUUAAAAAUGCCAAAAAAGUCUAAAUCGGGCGACGAGAGCGUUAGUCUAGCGGGUGAUAUCGCGUUUUACAAAAAGGAAUGUAAUUCCCUUCAACGGCAGCUGGAUGCUCUCAGUACCUUUUUGACAAAUGAUCGCUUAAAAGGUUUGGAUGAAGCAGAUAUUUCGGCUCGGCUUAAGCAUGCCGAACGCAUGCAGUCAAACUUUGAGAAUGCUCGCUCAGCCCUCAAGCGACUGGACAGGAAGGAAUUCGAGUCGGAUUCGGACGAAAACUUUUUCAAGGCAUAUAUUGAGCUUGAAGCGAAACGCAAUCGUGAACUAAAAUCUAAGCAAAAUGCAUGUGGCGCGCACUCAUCGACUCUACGAGCCUUCCCCUGGGAAGAAGCUGCGGUACAGCUUUCCCAACGACGGUCCAGACUACCUGAGCUGAAAAUUCCAGUUUUUAGCGGCUCAUAUCUCGAUUGGCCAUCGUUCUUCAGUACAUUUACUUCAGCAAUAGAUAAGGACAUGGAGAUGUCCAAAUUGGAAAAAAUGCAAUAUUUGAUCACCAGCCUCGAUGGAGCAGCUUUAGAUACCAUCCGCUCACUUGAUCCCACUGAAGAAAAUUAUAGCAAAGCAUUAGAUUUACUAAAAGGACGUUUUGAUAACAAAUUGCUUAAUUUUCAGGCUCACAUAAAGGCAAUUUUCGGGCUACAACGUGUAGAGGAGGGCAUUUCAGGCGGAUUACGAAAAUUAAGCGAUCAAGUAAACGCCCAUCUUCGGGCAUUGCAAACUUUGGCAUCUACGGAAGAAACCUAUAAUGGCUUACUCAUUCAUCUCGUGACGAGCAAACUAGAUCUACACACGCACGAAAAAUGGGAGGAGAACUUGUCUACUCAAAAAUUACCGACCUGGCUAGGGAUGUCAACGUUUUUGGAAAAAAAAGAUGUCGCAUGGCUGAAAAUUUGGAAAAUGCUAUGGUCAAUCAGACACCUAGCAAACAGAUUUUUCAAGGUUGCGCUUUGUGGUGAUAUAUGCAAAAUGUAUCGCUGUGUUAAAAUGGCUAACCCUGAUAACCAGUUGCAAUGCAUACUUUGGCGAGAUGAUCCAUCAGAGGAAAUAAGAAUCUAUAAGCUCGACACUGUGACAUAUGGUACAAGGCCAGCUGCGUUUUUAGCCAUUCGGGCUAUGCACCAACUUACGUUUGACGAAGAAGAAGCAUUCCCCAUCGGGGCAAAAAUCAUUCGAAGCGACUUUUACGUAGACGACUUAAUUUCUGGUGGUGAUACGAUUGAAGAAGUCAUGCAAAUGAAGCAGCAGGUGAAGCAGCUACUUCGACGAGGAGAUUUUCCUAUUCGGAAAUGGUGUUCGAAUGAAGCUGUCGUUCUUAAAGAUGAAGAUGGGCAAGACUGCGAACAAUUCUUGAAGUUUCAUGAUGGUACCGAUGUUACAAAGGCGCUCGGCCUUGUGUGGGACCCCAUAUCAGACCAAUUUCUGUUUAGCUUCACGCCAAUUUCAAAUUUGGGAAAAAUCACAAAACGUUCGAUUCUCUCGGUAAUAGCGCGGUUUUAUGAUCCACUUGGGCUAAUUUCGCCUGUAAUUACAAGUUUGAAGGUAUUUAUGCAAGCCUUAUGGAAAGAAAAGUUGAAUUGGGACGAAAGCUUGCCGCAGUCCCUGCAUUGUACAUGGUUGGAUUUGUGCAGUCAACUAUCCAUCGUUAGCAGCCUUCGCUUCCCACGCUUCGUACUCGCUAUGCAGGUACGUGUACAGCUCCACGCAUUUUGUGAUGCCAGUUUAUCUGCUUACGGUGCUUGCCUUUACACCCGUAUUGAAGAUCAAGGUGUCAUAAAAACACAUCUCCUGUGUUCCAAGUCGAGAGUGACACCAUUGAAAUCACUCACCGUUCCGAAACUCGAAUUGUCAGCCGCAUUGCUGCUGGCGGAAUUGGUCUCAAACAUUUUGGAAAAUAGUCAGCUAUCUUACGAAUGUCAUUGCUGGUCGGACUCAAUGAUGGUUUUGUCAUGGCUGCGGUCUUUUCCUGGAAAUUUUAACAUAUUUGUUUCCAAUCGCGUAGCCCAGAUUCAAUCCCUCACAUCGGGCAUGACAUGGCAUCAUGUUCCUACUGAUCUAAGUCCUGCGGAUAUUCUUUCACGUGGUUGUGCUCCAAAGGAGCUUCUAAAUAACUUUCUUUGGGCAAAUGGUCCUGCAUUUCUCCGUACAGAUUCAUCGCACUGGCCAGGAAACAUGGAUUUCUUGACUGAUCUUCCAGAAAGGCGACGCCGUGUUCUGGUUACAAGUCCUCGAAUUGAUGCAACUUUUGAUUGCGAAUUUCAAAAUUCAUUCGGCAAGCUACAACGCGUAUUCGCAUACGUUUACAAAUUUUGUCAGUUAAACGCAAAACGCUCUGUACCAUCAACUGGAUCGCUUACUGUCGAUGACGUAAAAUGUGGUACAUUAUUGUUAAUCAGGCAUAUACAGCAACAACCUGUUGUCUCUCAAUCCAUUUGUCGACGAUUUUGGUGCACUUCGCGUUGGAGGACGACUUCAUCAUUCAAAUUUGGACUUCGAGGCUAAGCAUCCGCUUUUGCUACCAAAGCAGCAUCCAGUCACCAACGCGCUCAUUGAAUUUCAUCAUCGAAAACUCCUGCAUGCAGGACCACAGAGUUUGCUAGC